GCCAAAGUGUGGAUUUUGGGGGAGAUAUAACCUACUAACAGUCUGCCCUGUGCAUUUUCUUCUGCCAAAGCCUGUUCCCGUGUUCAGUAAACACUUGUGUGCGUGUGUGUGUGUUUUGUGUGUGUGUGUGCGCGCUCCGAGGCACACGGACGCGCACGUUUAGUCACGUCUCCACAUUGUCCCGCCCCUUUUCUUUGUAGCCAAUCCCCUGCCUCUCUGUCUCUGCUCGUUUCCGGUGUUAUGGCUGCCCUUAGGUUUGAGGGCAAUGAUGUGAUUACUACUUUAUAUACAUGCACUUUUAGUAAAGAUGGUGAUGCGAGUUAUUCCUCUUAUUUUGUGUCGGAAACUCGCUCGCAACGUUAUUCACGGGCAAAGGACUUACGUCAAGGUAUCUGCUUCUUCACUCAAGCAGCUGCAGUUAUUUGACUCUCUUAAGAAGAAGCAGGAAAACAGUUGUGCAGGUGAAAGGUCAGAAAAGCCUGUGACUGUGCGUUUGGCCAGUGGUCAAACUCUCGAUGUGAAAGCGGGAUGUACCACUCCUCUCAACGUUGCACAGAGAGCCCGUGUUAAAGGGGCAUUGGUCACUAAAGUGAAUGGAGAACUAUGGGAGCUUGCACGACCAAUUGAGACAGACUGUGAACUGCAGUUCCUGGGCUUUGACACCCCUGAAGGACGACAGGCAGCUUGGAGGACAGGGGCCUGUGUGCUCGGGGCAGUGCUGAAGUCUGAUCUCGGGGCACAGGUUUGCAGAGAGGGAGUGUCCGAGAUGGGCCUUUACUGUGAUCAUGUUCUGAAGGACAGUGCCCUUUCUUUGAGUGAUGUGGAGGAAAGAUGCUUGAAGGUGGCUGCUCAGAAACGUCACCUCACAAGACUGGAUCUGAAUAUUGAGGAGGUCCAGGAACUUUUUCAGGAUAAUGAGUUGCGUCUUCGGCUUGUUGAGGAGCAGAUGUCUGGCCCUAUUGUCUCUGUUUACAGGUGUGGGGACAGUAUAGGUAUCUGCGAUGGUCCACUCCUUCCUCACAUCGGCUACCUCAAGAUCUUCAAAAUGCUUCAGAUUUCACCUGUAACAUUGUCAAAUCAGACAGAGGUCUCAGGUCUGAUGCGCCUUUUGGGGGUUGCCUUCCCCGGGGCCAAGGAGCUGGAGGAGUGGGAGAGGGAGCAAGAGGAGGCUCGGAGGAGGGACCACAGGCGGAUUGGAAAAGACCAGGAGUUGUUUUUCUUUAGUGAUAUUAGUCCAGGAAGUUGCUUUUUUCUACCUAAAGGGGCCUAUAUCUACAAUACCCUCACAGACUUUAUUAAGAGUGAAUACCAAAAAAGGGGCUUCACAGAGGUUGUGACUCCGACCUUGUACAGCACUGCAUUAUGGGAGCGCUCUGGCCACUGGGAGCACUACAGCGAGAAUAUGUUCACUGUUACAUCAGAGGGAUCGCAGACCUAUGCUCUUAAACCCAUGAACUGCCCCGCACACUGCCUCAUGUUUGAGCAUCGCAUUCGGUCGUGGAGGGAGCUGCCUCUGAGGUGGGCCGACUUCGGGGCGCUGCAUCGAAAUGAACUCUCCGGAGCUCUGGGUGGCCUGACCCGAGUGCGUCGCUUCUGCCAGGAUGAUGCUCACAUCUUCUGCACCCCUGAUCAGCUGGAGGAGGAGAUCGUGUCCUGUCUGGACUUUGUGCGCUCUGUUUAUCAAGUGUUUGGCUUCACCUUCCAGUGUCUUCUGUCCACACGGCCCACACCGUGUCUGGGGGAGCCCGAGCAGUGGGACAACGCUGAGGAGCAGCUGGAGAGGAGUCUGCAGCACUUUGGAGAACGCUGGGAGGUGAACCCAGGGGACGGAGCCUUCUAUGGGCCAAAGAUUGAUAUCCAGAUCAAAGACGCCAUCGGGAGACAACAUCAGUGUGCAACAAUCCAGCUGGACUUUCAGCUGCCCAUUCGGUUUGAUCUUCAGUAUGUGGGAAAAGACGGACAGUCGCAUCGUCCGGUGAUGAUACACAGAGCUGUGCUGGGAUCCCUGGAGAGAAUGAUCGCUAUAUUAGCAGAGAACUUCGGGGGAAAAUGGCCAUUGUGGUUGUCCCCUGCACAAAUUAUGGUCAUUCCAGUUGGGGGCAGUAGUGAGUCAUAUGCCAAACAGGUGGUGCAGCAGUUGAGUCAAUGCGGUUUUAUGGUUGAUAUGAAUGAGGAUCUCGGGGCCACCUUAAACAAGAAGAUCCGCUCUGCUCAGCUCGCUCAGUACAACUACAUAUUUGUGGUUGGAGAGCAGGAGAGCGAGACUGGGACAGUAAAUGUUCGGACCAGAAGAGGGAAACAGUUGGGGAGGAGGACGUUAGAGGAGGUGAUGGCAGCUCUCACGAAGCUACGAGACACACGGAGUAACUUGGACGAGUUUUAAAAUGCCCUGGAAAUCAUGACUCACGGGGAAGAAUGUUUAUGUUAUGUGUACAAGCUGUUUAUCCAAAAAUGAAGCUGGGAAUUUGUAAUAAAAUGGAUCCUGUACA